UUAAAGCGUUCGACCGAUUGUGAUUUUUUUGAGGUGAAACGUGCAUAUAUGUAGGACAAGUUUCCUAAGACGGUGCACGUGUUUUCCUGUGAAAGUCAUAGUUCGAUGGCAGGUAUCUCAGAACACGACAACGAUGAAAGUAAUGCUACGACAAUGCAGAAUGGUUCACCUAAAUCCCAGUGCGUGACAGCGACGGUAAAUGGCAAUGAGAAGAUGAUUGUGGACGAUGGAGUUGGCUCUGAGAAACCCUUGGUUAAUGGGUCCCAGGACAUUGCUCCUGUGGGGGAGAAAUCGGGGGCAGAGGCUGGGGAAGAGGGAGAAAAGAACGACAAGGAGAUAGUGUUGAUACAAGAUACAGGAUUUAAUGUGCAGAUACAAAUCCCAGGCGGAAGCCCCAUAGAAUUACCAGUGAGUUCAAUGGAGCUGGUCCAGGAGAUUCACCAGGUGUUGAUGGACCGUGAGGAUACUUGUAUCAGGACCUGCUUUUCUCUACAGCUGGAUGGAGUCACACUGGACAACUUUGCAGAGCUCAAAAGCAUAGAGGGUCUCAAGGAAGGCUCCAACAUUAAAGUGGUGGAAGAGCCAUAUACUGUACGAGAAGCCCGUAUACAUGUUCGCCACAUCAGAGAUUUGCUAAAGUCUGUGGAUCCUGCUGACACAUACAAUGGAGUGGACUGUAACUCUCUCUCCUUCCUCAACGCAGUCACAUUAGGAGAUAUUCUAGACAAGAAAAGGUCAAAGCCAGACUCAGUGGAUUGUACUCCGCCAGAUUACAUCAUGCCAAACAACAAAGAGAGGCCCCUACUGCCCCUACACCCAGGGCUAAAAGACCUCAAGGGUCCACAGUGCCUCCGAGUGUUGACCUACAGUGGUUGGAAUCCACCCCCAGGAAACCGAAGAAUGCAUGGUGAUUUGCUGUACCUAUAUGUCUUAACACUAGAGGACAAAAAAUACCACAUAACUGCCUCGACUCGAGGAUUCUAUGUCAACCAGUCAACGGAAGAUGAAUUCAACCCAAGAGCUGCCCAGCAAAAGUUUUUGUCUCAUUCCCUUAUCGAUCUUUUAAAUCAGAUAAGUCCAAGUUUCAAGAGGAACUUCAGUAUUCUUCUAAAGAAGCGAGGACAGAAGCACCCGUUUGAGCGAGUGCCUUCACCGUAUCAGAUCUACAGCUGGAUGGCUCCUCAAUCAGAACACACUGUGGACUACAUCAGGGCUGAGGAUGCCUUUUCCACACGUCUGGGGUAUGAGGAACACAUCCCAGGGCAGACUCGUGAUUGGAAUGAAGAGAUUCAAACAACACGAGAAUUAUCAAAGAAAACACUUCCAGAGAGGCUUAUCAGAGAGCGUGCAGUAUUUAAGGUGCACAGUGAUUUUGUUGGUGCUGCCACCCGUGGUGCUAUUGCUGUGAUUGAUGGAAAUGUUAUGGCAAUCAACCCAGGAGAAGAUGCUAAGAUGCAGAUGUUUAUUUGGAACAACAUUUUCUUCAGUCUUGGUUUUGAUGUAAGAGAGCACUAUAAAGAUUUUGGAGGAGAUUACGCAGCAUACAUUGCUCCAGGCAAUGAUCUACAGGGGGUGAAGGCCUACUUUAAUCUUGACUCGGAGGGACUCUACACACUGGGUACCGCAGUCAUUGAUUACAGGGGCUACAGAGUUACGGCACAGUCCAUUAUACCAGGAAUUUUGGAGAGAGAACAAGAACAGUCGGUGGUUUAUGGAUCCAUUGACUUUGGCAAAACAGUAGUGACCUGUGAGAAAUACAUAGAACUGCUGCAAAAAACAGCUCCACAGUUGAAAAUCUGUCCACACAAAGUCAUUAGUGAAAAGGGAGAUGAAGUAGAAUUGUAUACGUCUCUUGAAUGCAAGGGAAUCAUAGGGAAUGACAAGCGCUAUUAUAUUCUGGACUUGUUGAGAACUUUUCCACCAGAUAUCAAUUAUCUUAAGAAUGAAGAGGAAUGUUUGAGUAAAAUCAUGCAGGAACAUGGGUAUCCUAAGAAACACCCACACAGACUAGCAUGUCUACGGCAGGAACUCAUUGAGGCCUUUGUUGAAACUAGAUAUGUAGCAUUUGUCAGACAUGCAGCAUACCAAUUUCAACAGCUUCAACAACAGAGUCAGAAGAAGGCAGUGGAAGACAAGGAACAGAAGUUAGUACCGCAGGAGUUAGAGCUUGAUGGGUUAGAGGAAUCAAGUGAGGACAAAGAGAAGAAGGAGAAAGUAGAGAGUGAGAAUAUCGACGAGGCAAAGAAGAUUGUAGAGGCACUCACAGGAUCGGAUGGAGAAUCUUUUGAAGAGAAUAGUAAGGACAUUGUAAGGAAAGCUGCUGUGGCUGUAGGCUCACUUAGUGAAACAGAGUUCAAUAUCACCUUCAAUCCAGAUGUUUUCCAGCCACAUGUCAAUAAUGCAGAUGAUAAGAGUGACCAAUUCCAGAGACAAAAGAAGCUUGUGAAAGAUGCUGCUGAGUUUCUUGUUCUUCAUCAAAUCCCAUCAUUUAUCAGUGACUGUAUGGAACACUCAUCUUCUCCUAUAGACGGUUUCACACUCUCUGAGGCUUUACAUAACAAGGGAAUCAACAUUCGUUACCUUGGCAAAGUGGCAGAAAUGAUCUCUAAAUAUUCCUCCGUUUCCUAUGUUUAUACCAUUGUCAUAUCGGAAUUAAUAUGCCGUGCAGCUAAGCAUUUGUUCAAGUUGUACAUGCAGGGGGUGGACAUGAUGAACACGUCUGCUGCCAUCAGUCACUUCCUGAACUGCUACAUCGGUUCAUAUCCUACCCCUCACGCUCAGGUCACUGCAGAGGAGUUACAAAGCAAGAAAGCAAAGAGAAAGAAUAACAAGAAAAACAAAGCAGUUUUCUUGAGCAUAGACAAUACAGACUGGGUCAAUGAGACCCCCUCCAAACUGUGGAAAAAAAUUACAGAUGAGGUUGUGGAUUAUUUUGACUACAAACUUGACUGUGAUUCUGUUGAACAAGCAGUGGAGAAGUACGGUCUUCAACGUGUGUCCAUGUUGAGGUCUUUCUGUGUAAGUGUGGGAAUUCAGAUCUUACUUAGAGAAUACAACCUGGACAUCAGGAACAAACAGAUCUUCAAUGAGGAGGACAUUGUCAACAUUUUUCCUGUUGCCAAACAUAUACACCCCAAGGCAUCUGAUGCGUAUCAUUUCUUCACAAGUGGUCAAACAAAAAUUCAGCAAGGCUUGCUGAGGGAAGGCUACGAUUUAAUCAGCGAGGCCCUCAAUCUUCUGAAUAACGUUUACGGGGCUUUACACCCAGAGAUCACAGCUUGUCUCAGGCUGCUUGCUCGCCUCAAUUACAUCAUGGGAGAAUAUGGAGAGGCUAUGUCUUUCCAACAACGAGCAGUCUUGAUGAGUGAGCGUGUCUUGGGCAUUGACAAUCCAAAUACAAUCACUGAAUAUGCACAUCUUGCCCUAUACUGCUUUGCCAAUAGUCAGGUGUCCAGUGCCCUAAGGUUAAUAUACAGAACUCGAUAUCUUGCCUUACUCUGCCAUGGUGAGGAUCACCCAGAAGUGGCUUUAAUAGAUAGCAACAUUGGACUGAUUCUGCAUGCCGUGGAGGAGUUCGAUUUGUCCUUGAGGUUCUUGGAGCAUGCAUUGGAGGUCAAUACCAAAUAUUUUGGCCAGAGGAGCAUGAAAGUAGCCAUGAACUACCAUUUGGUGGCCAGGACUCAUUCAUGCAGGGGAGAUUUUAGGGCUGCUCUGCAGAGUGAGAAAGAGGCAUAUGCCAUCUACAAACAAACUCUGGGAGAAGAACAUGAAAGAACUAAGGAGAGCUCUGAGUGUUUGAAACACUUGACACAACAAGCUGUAGUCUUUCAAAAGAAAAUGAAUGAAAUUUACAAAGGAGAGAAGAGCAUCACAUUCCCUCCACUUCACAUUCAGACGCCCUCAGUUGCCAGUGUGCUGGAUACACUGAAUGUCAUAAACGGCAUAGUGUUUGUACAGAUCAGCCAAGAAGACAUCGAAAAGUUCCGUCAACAGGUCAACAUGAAAGGAGCAGCUAAUAGUGAGGAAACAGUCAAGGUGAAGGACUCUCUGAAAAUUACAGAAAUCUCAGAGGACGGGGACUCGAAACACCCAAGUAACCACACAAAGCUCAACGGGGACAUAUCUCAUACAGUUCCUAGGGAGGUGACUGUGGGAGGAGAGUGAAGUGAACCUGCUUUUUCAUAGACAGCCACAUCAACGUGUGUUUUUGCUCGUCUGAGUACUCCAAAAUGAACAGUGCCACACAGUGAUUGUUUAGAUGGCCUGGCAGUUUCUUGGUGUCUGUGACAAACUCAGUACUUGGGGGUCCAUACAACAUUAUUGUCAUUAUCAGAGAAGUCCAGAAUUUAUUUGGAUUAAUUGGGCUCUAGACUACAUAGACACUUCCCACAGACCAUUCCUUUAUUUAGAUAUGUAAGCUAUUGUCCUGGCAGUUUUCAUUUUCAGCAAUGCUAAAGCUAGAUUGUUUAAUGACUGAUGGAUGUAAAAUUAGCAUUAUGGCAAAUUAAUUUAUAUAUAAAUCGUGUGAAUUGUGAUAUAGUUUUUGUGUGCCAAUAUACUGAACAUUGUGAUGCAAUACUUGAUGCAUGCACUGAUGAUUCUUGAUGAAUCUAUGUAAAUACAAUUAUAUUUCACCUGUGUAUCAUUCAGAGAACAAAUGAUCUACUUAUCUAUAUAUUCUAUAUACUGGUAUAUUUAACUUUUACUAUACACCUGCUUGUAUUUUUGACUGAGGGAAAUUGUAUUGCAUUUAGAUCAUUUUCGUGGACUUCUAAUGUGUGGACUUGUAAUGUGUAAAUAUGUAGAGUGAUGAAUGUUUGUUGCAUUGACUGUGGUAGAGUAGACAUUCCAGUCCUUUGUGUGAUUUGAAGUGUAAGUGUGCAUCAUUUAAUUGUGACAAGAAUUCAUUUUAGUCUUGUGUUUACUGAUAACAUCAUGUUUUAUGUCAGAAUCAAUACUUUGUAAUUAAUAAUGAUAAUAAUUAAAAAAGAAAACAAACUUUUAA